AUGGUGGUAAAACUAAAUACAGUUCGAGUUCUCUCGUUAUUAGCAGUUAAUCUAGACUGGACCCUUCAACAGCUAGACAUUAAGAAUGCAUUUUUGAAUGAAGAACUAGAAGAAGAAGUCUUCAUGACAAUACCAUCUGGCUUCAACAAAAAGAAUAAAGAAAAUCAAGUUUGCAAACUCAAGAAAUCUUUAUAUGGUCUCAAAGAGUCACCAAGAGCGUGCACGCUUGGAUGCAAACCAAGUAACACCCCUAUUGAGACAGGGAACAUAUCAAAGGACACAAGAAAUUCGUUAGAAAUUGUUAGACACAAGAGAUUAGUUAGCAAGUUAACUAACUCCCACACACUAAACUUGACAUUGCUUUCGCGAAUAAAAAAUGGGAGUAGAGAUAUUCAAGAAUGCAGAUUGGGUUUGGAGAAGCAAGAAAUUGAAUGUAGUGGCCAGCAAAUGCUGAAACUGAAUUUAGAGCGGUUGCACAAGGGAUAUGUGAAGGAUAAUGGAUAA